AUGGAUGAGAAAACAACCGCAGGCCCGCAGGACAUCCCGGGCUCUUCUCCUGAUGAAAAUGAAUUUCCUUUCGGAUAUCCCACUAACAUUUGUGAGGAUGUGCCUGAUCAGAAGUACCUGUGCAGCAACUGCAAUAACAUCCUGAAGAAAGCCCUGCAAACGCUCUGUGGGCAUAGGUACUGCUCAGCCUGCCUCUCCUGGAUUGUACGAAACAACAAAAAUGUGAUUUGCCAGAAAUGUAAAGAGGAAGAUCCCAGCACUCUAAGCGAGGGAAGCCUGUUGGCAGAAGAAAGGGCUUUUGGUGAUGCUGCCAUUAAUAAAGAGAUUUCUGAACUCAAAGUACACUGUGUGACCCUUGGAUGCAGUUGGUCUGGUAUCAUGAAAAAUUUUGAAGAGCAUCAAAGCUUAUGUGAAUAUGCUUUAAUCCCUUGUCACACUGGUUGUGGACACAUGGUGAUGAGAAAGAAACUUGCAGAUCAUUUGGAAAAUGAAUGUGUUAAUAACGUGACAAUGUGUCAGAAGUGUAAGCGGAACUUUUCCAGUAGCGAAUACCAAGAACAUUCAUGUGAAGACAAUUUAUGUAAGGAGCAAAAACGUGUGCAAACAGGAGCACCAUCAAAGGAAAAGAACCGCUCUACACCCUUAAUCAACAAGGAUGGAUGUCGUUUUUCUGAAGUCGGCUGUUCAUUUAGGGGAAGCAAAGAGAAGAUAAAGGAGCAUGAAAGAACUGCCGUUGGGGCCCACAUGCUGCUUCUGCUGCAGCACAUAAAGCAACUGAAGGCAAGCUUGUGCACCUCUGCCAAAGCUGCAAAUGGUUCCAUCCCGCAGUCAGAGCUGAAUGUGAAUGGUGCAGGAAAAAGCAUCUGUGAUCUGCAGAUCCCAGGGGGGCUGGAAGUCAAUGGGGAUCUGGAAGCAGACUGUUUUCCUGGAUCUUCUGUUUCUGAAGAUGCAUCUGCUCUGCAACAACUUGUGAGGGAGAAAGUGAUUUCUGAGCUAGAAAACAAGCUACAUGUGUUUGAGAAUAUUGUGGCAGUGCUCAAUAAAGAGGUGGAGACCUCUAACUUGGAAAUCACCGCCUUUCGGAGGCAAAGCGAACUCGAUCAAAAUAUAAUACGAGGCCUUGAACUGAAGAUUGCAGAGUUGCACCGGUGCCUGACGCAGAAGGAUGCAGGCCUGAGCAGUCUUCAUAAGAGUCUUCUGAUCUCUGAGCAAGCUUCCUAUGAUGGGGUCUUUCUGUGGAAAAUAACAGAUGUUGGCAGGAAGUUACAAGACUCUGUGACAGGAAGAACAGUCAGCUUGUAUUCACCAGCUUUCUACACUGCGAAGUACGGCUACAAGGUCUGUCUGAGGGUUUAUCUGAACGGGGAUGGGACAGGAAAAGGAACCCACCUGUCCCUGUUCUUUGUUGUCAUGAAAGGAGACUACGAUGCUCUGCUCCCAUGGCCUUUCAGGCACAAGGUUACAUUUAUGUUGCUUGACCAGAAUAACAGGGAACAUAUUAUUGAUGCGUUUCGCCCAGACUUGACUUCUGCUUCAUUUCAGAGACCAGUGAAUGAUAUGAAUGUUGCAAGUGGCUGUCCCAUGUUCCUCCCUUUGUCCAAAUUACAGUCACCUAAAUAUGCCUAUGUGAAAGAAGACACACUUUUCCUUAAAUGCAUUAUAGAAACAAAUUAGAAAAUCUUGAAAUAUGGGUGGCUGGUAAAUCACCUACUGAAUUGUAUUAGUUUACAAGAAAAAAAAACAUCAGCUUAAGACCUUCUAUUAGUUUUCAUGUGCACACAAAGUCCAGAGAGCCCGAGCCUGUGCUCCGCUGAAUCAAUUCACAUCAGCUGAAGAUCUGCCUGCUAGAGUUAGCUGCUGCUCAGCGUGCCGAGUCCUUUGCCCAGUGCCCCACAGAGUAUCCUGUUGCAAAUGAGAUCUGUGAUUAUUUCAUCAAAAUAGCUGAUACUCCUGGUUUAGAUGCAGGUUACAGUCGUGCCCCCCCUCCCCAGUCCCCCCCCCAAAAUGUGCUUGUGGAAAAAGGUGCUGUUCUUUCUUACGCCUGGCCCAGUUGUGGGUCUCAUUCUGCCUAGAUGUCUGGCAGGGAGUGUGGCCCAAGCUCCCUUGUAGCACCCUUGGGUUAAUACAGGUUUCUGGGAUGUAAGGGGUGAAGCUGAGCUUUCCCUGUCCUCCGGCAGCGCUGCAGCGUGUGCGGCUCCCUUUCCCGGGAGGUACGGAGCGAGCACCUGUCAGACUGUGCUGGCUGGCAGCCCUGAUGUGGGAUUUUGGCUGUUCCCCCACCAGGGACAAGGGCAGAUUCCUUCCCCUGAGGCACCGAUCGGGUGUCUCUGUCUGUGCUUAUUGAUGGCCUUGAAAGCAGGGAGUUGUGGAUAGCAUUUGUAGCUUGAA